GUCGUCUCUAUUGGUAGCUCCACUGGCUAUCAAAGAACUUAUUUUAUACCUGUUACAGUAUUUACAAUUUAAUAAAAAUUUGAUCGGAAUCUGGAAUCAAAUGGGUAAAACCGCCGGAAACAGAGAUUGGACUCAGAUCUACGCUAUUUACGGAAUCGAACAAUGGCAGACACUCGUCUUCCUUCUCUUCCAUGCUUUUUUCUUCUCACUCCUCUCUGUUCUCUUCCUCAUCUACUUCGAUCAGAUUUGCUUCUUCCUCGAUUCCUUCUUCCUCUCCGGUGCCGCUAGGUUAGCCGCGGGUUUCACCGGCGCUGUAAUCGCUCUCUCCGCGGUUUGUCUACUCUUCGCCGCUGCUAAUUUCGUUUACUCCGAUGUUCCGCUUCAGUAUGAGAUGGCUCAACGCAUGGUUAACUCCGUCGGUGACUGGUCUUGUGUCAAAACUGCUCUCGAUCUCGGUUGUGGCCGUGGUAUCCUCCUCAAUGCCGUCGCUACACAGCUUAAGAAAACCGGUAGCUCCGGUCGGGUCGUCGGGUUAGACCGCUCCAAACGCACCACUCUCUCCACUCUCCGUACCGCUAAACUCGAAGGUGUGCAAGAGUAUGUGACUUGCCGUGAAGGAGAUGUUAAAACGUUGCCGUUUGGGGAUAAUUACUUCGACGUGGUGGUCUCGUCUGUGUUCGUCCACACCGUGGGGAAAGAGCAUGGUCAGAAGUCGGUGGAAGCGGCGGCGGAGAGAAUGAGAGUGCUCGGAGAGAUUGUGAGAGUUGUGAAGCCAGGAGGUUUGUGUGUGGUUUGGGAUCUCUUACACAUGCCGGAGUACGUGCGGCGUCUUCAAGAGCUGAAGAUGGAAGAUAUCCGAGUCUCCGAGCGAGUCACGGCGUUUAUGGCCGGUAGCCACAUCGUGUCGUUCCGGAAACCCAGUGAACUCGUCGCCGGACCCCGUGAAGAACAUAUACAUUCCUGCAAUUCUUCAAUUGAUUCAAAGUUGAACCCUUUUGAAGCUGGAUCUAAAAAUUUCGAGAAAUUGGUUGCAACGAUAUUGAUAUUUGUUCAAGUUUGGUCUCCAUUGCCCUUGCUUGGUCUAGACUCUGCUUACAUUUCACCUGCAGAGGCAGUUCUUUACUCACCGGACACGAAAGUUCCAAGAACUGGAGAACUUGCUCUAAGAAGGGCUAUUCCUGCUAAUCCAAGCAUGAAGAUAAUACAGGCUUCAUUGGAAGAUAUAUCAUAUCUUCUCAGAAUUCCUCAAAGAAAGCCUUAUGGUACCAUGGAGAGCAAUGUAAAGAAAGCUCUAAAGGUGGCUAUAGACGAUAAGGAUAAGAUAUUGGCUAGUAUACCAGCAGACUUAAAAGACAAGGGCUCAGAACUGUAUGCAACUCUGAUUGAUGGCAAGGGUGGCCUUCAAGCACUUAUAACAUCUAUUAAGAAACAAGAUCCUGAUAAAGUGUCCCUUGGCCUGGCAGCAUCACUAGAUACUGUUGCGGAUCUGGAGUUAUUACAGGCAUCUGGGUUGUCAUUUUUACUUCCUCAGCAAUACUUAAACUAUCCCAGGUUAGCAGGAAGAGGAACUGUGGAAAUCACCAUUGAGAAAGGUGAUGGUUCAACAUUUUCAGCUGCAGCUGGGGGUGAUCAAAGAAAGAGUGCUACAAUCCAGAUCGUUAUAGAUGGAUAUUCAGCACCUCUAACAGCAGGGAAUUUUGCAAAACUGGUAACUAGCGGUGCAUAUGAUGGAGCCAAACUCAAUACAGUGAAUCAGGCUGUUAUCACAGAGGAUGGGAGUGGUAAGGUGGAGAGUGUUAGUGUUCCAUUGGAAGUAAUGCCUUCUGGACAGUUCGAACCUCUCUACCGAACCCCAUUGAGUGUCCAGGAUGGGGAGUUACCAGUUCUUCCUUUAUCGGUUUAUGGAGCUGUUGCUAUGGCGCACAGUGAAACCUCAGAUGAAUACUCUUCUCCUUACCAAUUCUUCUUCUACCUAUACGAUAAAAGAAAUUCUGGCUUGGGAGGUUUAUCCUUUGACGAAGGGCAGUUCUCGGUUUUUGGAUACACAACAGCAGGAAAAGAUAUUCUUGGGCAGAUCAAGACUGGAGAUAUCAUCAAAUCUGCAAAACUAAUUGAAGGCCAAGAUCGUCUUAUUUUGCCAGCUCAAAACAACAACAACUCAUCCACUUGAUUCUUCUUUGCAUCCAAAGUGUUCUAAGACUUUCUUGUCCAUAAACAGAGUGCUAAGUU